AUGGCCAUGAGGUUGUUGAUAGUGAUAUGUUUUUGGUCAACUUUAGCGCAUUCUGUAAGUUUCUUACCGUAAAUUUUUGAGAAUGUUGUUUUUCUUAGUUAGAAAUUUAUUUAUAAGGGCAAUUAUUGCCAAAAAAAGAAUGUUUGUUACAAAAAAUAGGUCGUUUGUUACCUAAAAUAAAGUAUUUGUUAUCUAAAAAUAAUGUUUUGAGCUAGUUAUUGUAUCAAAUGAAUAUUGACUAUAAAAUGGAAAUUGAAAGUGAGAAACAGUCGUUUUAGAGGCAUUUUUACGAUGACAUAGUACGUGAUGAUAGUGGGGUUACGCAUCACCAAGUUCAACGUCUUCUACGAGCCAUGCAGAGGCUCAACUUCAUUGAAGGGAAACUACUGGACGUUGAAAAUGUAAGUUGGUUUACCCUACCUUGUCUUGCCUCACCGGCCGUGCCUUAUCGUGCUCUGUUCUAGCGCGCCUUGUCCUAACGUGUCAUCUGUGCUCUAUCGUUCCAUGCCUUGCUCUACCGUGAUAUGCCUUGCCUUUUUUUCUCGGAUUUACCCUACCUACUUUUUCAUAUUGUACCCUACAUAACAUUACUCUACUUUACAAAGCCAUACUAUCACAUUUCAAAUUACAUUCUGUUUUAGGUAACAUCACCAAGUUCGAUUCCAUAUCUUGAUGAUUUGUUUGGAGCUCAUGAUGAACACGGAGAGCCUCAAAAAAUAUUGGCCAAACCGGAUAAACCAGAGGAAAAACCAUUUUUAUUUGAAGGAGAUAUGUUACUGACGAAUAAACAAAUGGAUGAAAUUGUAAUGUAAGUACUGUACUUUUAAAAAAUUUUUAGUUUUUUUGCUGGAGAGGGGGGUGGUGUACGGAAGGAAACAUUUGAAAGAUUUUUAGGUAUAGAAAGAUUGCAGGCGGGGUAAUUUUGGUUGGGGAAGGGAAAGGGCAAUUUGCAACGGUUUUUAGGUUUAGAAGCACUGUCGGGCGUGGUAAUUUUUUUGGGAUGAGGGGGUGGGAGUCGUGAAAAAAAUAAAAAAAUACGUAGGUUUUUUGAAAAAUUUUUGGGCAGGGUAAAAAUUUUUUAUGGUGCUGAGGGGAGGGGGGGGGGUAAAAAUUUUUUUUUAAAAAUUGGGCAGCGGGUUUAAUUUUUACUUUUCUGACGAUAGUGGUUCUUAUAACGAGCAGGGUCAUAGCUACCUACCCCUACUUCUACCUCUAUCUUUUCUCCUACCUCUAUUUCUCUCCCUAUCCUUACCUCUACCCCUAUCCUUGCCCCUACUCCUAAAAAGUUCUCUACCGACGUCACAACUUCGUUUAUACCCACAAUAACUUUCAGGAACGUAGAACACCAGCUUUUCCUAAAAGACAUUGGCAAACCAGAGUUGAUGAUGAGGAAUCGCUUUAAACGCACACUAACUUCAAAUGUCAUUGCCAGAUGGUCGGAGCUUCGAAUACCGUACCGAAUACAUCCUGAACGUGGUCGUAAGUGAAGUCAGGGUGGUUGAGGAUAAUAUUUAGAGUUGAUUUUUAGCCAACAAGACUUUGAUUGAAGCUGGAAUCAAGCAAUGGAUGGACUCGACUUGUAUAGAGUUUGAGGAGAAAACUGGUGCUCUGUUAGGACCUCACAUUGUUUUCAUCAAAGGCUCUGGGUAGGUUGAUAUUAAGGUUGUAUUUUAAUUUUUUAAACUUUUGAAUCUAAUUAUAUAAGAAUUACCUGAUGAUAGGAAAGAAGGGAGGAAGACUCCUGUAGAGAAGGGUAGAGUAUGCUAGGGCACCGUAGGGUAGGCUAGGCUAGAGACGGUACGGUAGGGUAUGGAAAGGUAGGUUGGGGCAGGGUUGGAUGUGAUAGGUUUGGGUAGAGUAAUGUAGUGUAAAAGUUUUUAACGUAAGAUUUUAUAUGAUACGGCAUAGUAAAGUAGAACAUAAUGGGAAGUAUGACAAGAAGGUAGGGUUUAGUAACGUAGGUUAUGGGAAAAUACGUUACAGUUUAAUAUAGCAAAAAAAGGGGGGGGGAGAUUCAUGACUUGAAGAGGAUAUGGUAGGAGAUAAGAAGACAGACAUUUAUUAUGCAGACUUGUGGGUAAAGUAACUAAAAAGUAGCUAAGGAAGGGUAGAGCAGGGUAUCGUAGGAUAGGAUAGGGCAGGGUAAAGUAGAGUAAGGAGGAGUAAGGAAAGGAAAAGAAGAAUAAAUCAACAAUAUUUUUUUAGAUGCUAUUCAAACGUUGGUAAAAGCUCGCUGUCGGGACAAUUUAUAUCAAUUGGGCGUGGAUGUGAAAACCCUUUUGUGGUGGCACAUGAAAUUGGUAAUCAUUUUUUUUACAUAUUCUAUUCUACUCUAUCUCACUCUACCUUACAUUAUCUUACCAUGCCCAAUUCUAACCUAGCUUACCCUACUCAUUACUACGCUACCUUACUCUAACUUACGUUCUAUUACUUUAAUUUAUCCUUCAAUAUCUAAUUUUUCAGGCCACAGCCUAGGCUUCUUCCACGAACAAGGCAGAUAUGAUAGAGAUGGUCACAUUAGCAUUGCUUCGAAGAAUAUUCACGUUGGAUUCCUAAGUCAAUUCACGAAACAAGAUCCAGAAACCAUGACAACUUUAACUGUUCCAUACGAUUUAGGAUCGGUCAUGCACUAUGAUCAAUAUGUAAGCUUGUGGUUACUGUAACUUAUACUUUACUUUACCUUGUUCUAACCUCCUCUAACUUAAGGAAAGGGCUUUUUAAUUUUUUUUUGGUUUUUAAAAUGUUGUUACAGAGCUUUUCAUACAACGGUGAGCCUUCAAUUAGAGCUAUGGACCCAAAUUAUCAAAUGACAAUGGGGCAACGAUACGAAUUGACCUUUAAUGAUGUUAAGAAGAUCAACUUGGCUUAUUGUCCUUGUAAGUCGAUUAAAAAAGUGGGGUAGGGCAGGGUCGAGUGGGGUAAAGCUAGGCAUGAGCCCGGAAUAAUCAAAAUCUUGCUCAGGCCCGGCCUGUUCUUCAUGCCUAGGUAGGGCAGGGCGGGGUAGGAUAAUAUAGUAAAAUGGCAGAUUUUUUUCGAAUUUUGAAAAAAUAUCUUAUUUUACACUACCCUACCUUAUCUUACUUUACUUUAGUCUACCGUACUAUACCCUGCGUUACUCUAACAUACCUUAUUUUUAACUUUACUAUACUUUACUCUACCCUAUCCUCCUUUACAAUACUCUAACCUACCUUACUCUAUCCUUUUUAAACCUUACUCUACCCCAUUCCUGUCUUCAUCUUAUUUCAGCUUUACCUUAACCAUACUAAAGCCUUAAACUUGCCUUACAGUAUAAUAUAAAAAAUCCAUAUUUUCAGUCAAAUGUCUAAUAAAGUUAGACUGCCAAAACUCUGGCUACACCGACCCAAAAGAUUGUUCGAAAUGUCGCUGUCCCACUGGAUUGACAGGUCAGAAGUGUACGAAGCCAUUGAGAACGGACUCAAAAUGUGGUCGAUUAUACCACUUGGCCAAUUCUGAUGUAAAACGACUGACUUUUGAAGGGAAAGGAGAAUGUAAUUUUAUGAUAAGAGCUAAAGAAGGCGCCAAAAUACGGAUUCAUUGGGAGAAGUUGAACGUCUUUGAGUCACAUCCUUGUCAGAACAGUUAUGUCGAAAUUAAGGUGUGGUUUUUAUUCAGCUUGCCCCUACUCUACCUUUACUCUUGCCCUAGCUCUUUUUGCUGUAUCUUUAUUAUCAUUAAAGUUAUUUUCAGUACCACAAAGACCUCGGUACAACUGGUGCAAGAUUUUGUACUCCAUACUUAAAGUUAAAGGACAUUAACUCAGCUUUGAGUACAGUUAUGGUACUCUACAGGUCACAGUCGUUGUUCACCAAGUUUUCAUUGACUUUCAGUAGUGGUAAGGUUUCAAAAUUUCAUUUUUUUAGUAAUUUUAGGUAACAUAUUUCUAUGUUAUGACCUUUUUUAUAACACUGAGGUAUUUUAGUUCAGUUUUAAUAUGAAAAUCAAAGAUUAGACUUACGUAUUUUACAAAAACAUCAAUUUCAGAUGAACCAGCACCGACGAGAAACAUUUUCAGUCAAUCGAUGGCAUACUUCCAAAACUUUUUCAGCAACAUCUUCCGAUCUGAUAAGGAUAAAACGGAUGAAUCAGAUGGAAUGAUCAAGGAAGAGUAUGAUGACUAUUCAGAUGAUGAUCACACUAGCUCUUCUACAACUUCUGAAGAGAAAAACCGAGAUGUUUCUAAGGCUUCUGAUAGUAAUGGAGAAGAUUCAGCAGCUAAAGAUAGUCAUUCUGAAGGUGAGUCUACAGCUGCUAAUGGUGGUUAUAAAGACGGUAACAAAGAAGAAAAUACCAAUUUGACUGAUAGUACUCAAAAUGACAGAAAAGUUCAAAUUCAAGAUGAUAAUAUGCUUCAAAAUGGUAACGAGAGCAAAAAGAAAGAUAGGCAAAAAACUGAAGGCGUAGUUCAACAAAAAGUUGAUGAAAACAUUAAUAUAACUAAAGCUAUUGAUGAAACUGUACUACCGUCUGCUUCAGACACGUUAGUACUUCUUACGGAGCGAAAAUCAUUUGAAAAGAGUGAAGAAAAAGGUGGUAAAACAAGGGAAAAAGAUGAAAAAGCAGAGGAAGAAGGUGAGAAAGUAGAAGAAAAAGAUGGGAAAAUAGAGGAAAAAGAUGUAAAAGUAGAAGAAAAAGAUGAAAUAACUGAAGAAAACGAAAAGAAAAUAAAAGAAAAUGAUAAGAAACUAGAAAGAAAAGAAGAAGAACAUGAUCAAAAAAGUAAAGGAAAGAAUGAAAAAGAAAAAGAAGAUAAGGAAGAUCAAAAAGAACAAGAAAUAAGAAGUAAAAAUGCAAAAGAAGCAGCCAAAAUAAAGCAAGGUGUAAAAGAUAAAGUAAAACUAAAUGAAAAAGAUAAAGAAGAACAAUAUGAAAACAAACAAAAUGACAAAUUAGAGCACAAUGUAAAUGAACAAAAUACCGCAAAGAAACAAGACUUUGGAGGUCAAACUGUAGCUCCCUUAAUAGGUAAAAGCUCAGAGUUAUGGGUGGCAGAAGCCGAAACUUCUGUAGAAAAUGAUGAUAUUACUAAGGAAAUAAAAUAUCAAAAAGUAAAGGUCAGUGUCCCAGAGAAUAGCUCAAUAAUAUCUUCAACUACAGUUUCAACUAUAACUUCGUCAACAUCGACCCCAAAUUUGGCUAGUACUAUAACAAGGUUAAUGCCAACUUCACUAAUUAAUUCAACUGUACUAAGUUCAUCAACAUUGUCAAGUACAACAACAACCUUAAGCACUACUUUACCCAGUAUCACAACUAAAAAACCAAAGCCGGACAGGUCAACGAACAAACAUAGUAAACAUCAUAGUAAGCAUCACAAAGGUACGACAAAGAAGAUUGUUGUUACUACGACAACUGUAGUACCACAUGUGCACGGUAAAGCGAAUGAUACAAAGAAAGAAGAAGCAGAUGAAAUGUCAUUCAAUAUAAAAAAUAUAACUUUAGACGAUCUUUUAGGUUCUUCUGGGCCUAAAAGUUUCGUAAAAUACGUCGAAACAAGUAGUAGUGGCAGAGAAAUUAUUACAUACGGAGCUGAGCUUAAUGUUAACCGAUCUGAAAGUACUGCAAACGGAUCUGAAGAUAGUGUAAACGAAACAAAAAGUGAUGUAAACGACUAUGAAAGUACUGCAAAUAGGCUUCAAAGCACAGUAAACAAGUAUGAAGAUAAUGUAAAGGGGUUUGAAAGCGAUAACUUAACAGUGACAACAGCUAUGAUGAUUAACAAUGUUACUGAACUAUCUCAAGGAUCUACUGAAGAAGAUAUAUUCAUAAAUUCAACUGUUUAUGAUAUUAAUACAAGUGACAUGAAAGCUACAAAUAAUGUUACAGUAACUAAUACUUCAGUACUUUCAAUCGAAGACAAAGCUACGUCAACUAAAACGGGUGAUACAACAGAAAACCAUAAACAUGGUACUAAUAAUAACGAGACUGUAACAAGUAGUACUAAUAAUAGAGCAAAUGAUAAAAAUAGUACUAAUGAUAAGGAUAAAAAUUAUACUAAUAGUACCGAAAACAAUAACAAUAUCCCUAAUAGUACUAAAAAUAGAACUAAGAGCCCGAAAAACGAAAUAGAAGUACCAGCAACAGUACAAAAGACGACUAAAACACCAGUAAUCGAGAGCUCAACAUCCUACUUGAUAGACAUUAUCCUUGAGAACAGUACAAGCUACAUUACCCAGCAUCCUACUUCAAAUAACAAAAGUAGCACUUACAUACCAACGAAAGAGGUAAACACCAUAAGUAAUGGCCAAAAGUCAUUUACAUAUUACAAGUUUGAUAAUGACAAACCUCGAGAUUAUGAAUUGGUUAAAGAAAAAGGUAAAGAUCAUGAGAAAGUCAAUAAAACAGAAGAUCAUCAUGAAAUAUAUGAUGAAAUAAUAGAAAAUAAAGAAGAAGUAAAGCAUGAAAGUGCUGAAAAUGAUGUUCUACUUGAUGAUGACAAACCAAAAACUGAUAAAACAACAAAAUCAUCCUUAGAUUACACAAUGAUAGGCAUUGAAAUACGAAGAUCACAGCCCAAAGAGCAUGUAGAAGUAAUAGAGUUGAGUAGUGGAGAUGACAGUGAGCUUAUACAGUACACGGUAGAAGAUUUUGGACAAACAAAAGAAGAUAGUAAUGGUACUGUAGAUGAUAAUGGGAAUGAUGAGAGGAGAAAAAAUGGCAAUGAUAACGGGAUUUUGGAUGCUAUUGUAAGUUGUGUUGGUAGGGUUAACGUAGAUAUAAAAUAGUAGAAGAGGGUUAUAUGAUAAUACGGAAAGAUAGGAUAAGGUAGUCGAGAAUCAAGGCACGUUUUAGGGUACGAUAGGGUUUGGUAUACUAGGGUAGGUUAACGUAGAGUGCAGUAGGGUAUGGUAGUGGAUGCUAAGCAGGGCACUUUGUCGUAGGACCAGCGCAGAACAGGGAUGAAAGGUCAGAGUUGAAUAGAGUAAAGGGUAAACUAGUAGUAUCGUAAGGCGGGAUAGACUACGGUAUGGUAGCGUAGGCCAAGCUGGAGUAGGCUAAGGUACAGUAGGAUAGAGUAAGGAAGCUUACAUGUUAGGGUAAAUUAGGGUCGGGCAGAGCGUGAUGUAGUGGGCUAAGGUACACUAGGAUGAACUAGGUAAGGGCGGAGUAAGGUAUGUGCUGGGCAGGAUAGGGUAAGGUAGGGUAGGAUACGGUAGGCUAGGGGAAGGUAGAGUAGGGUUGGGUAAAGCACAGUAAGGUACCUAAAAUAAGUUAGACACCAAACAACAGGCGCUUUAAUCUCGCAUUUUUCAAAUUGUAGAAAGCCGAGCCGGACCUAAUUAUCAUGCCAUUACAAUCCGCCUACAAUUCGGAUGCUGUUACAAAACAACAAAACAAAUUAACGACCGUACUAUUUAGCCAGUCUACGGACGAAGCUACAACUCCGACUGUAAAUAAACAUGAUGAUGAGGUGCUGGUCGAAGAGGCUUUAGAAGGUAGUGGGGUCUGA